ACCUCAAGAGCUGAAAAAACAAGGAACUUCCCAAAACCCUAAUUUUUGUAUUUCAAAAUCGAUCUAGAAUUGGGGAAAGAAUCCCUUGCGAAUUCCUGAGAGAAGCUCUCAAUCUCUUCCAAUCUCCAUUCCAGAUUUCUCUUUCGCCUUCCCGAUGUCUUCCGCCGCGACCUCCGCCACCCAACGAGGCCAGGUGGAUUUGAUCGAUUUCGUGGAUUGGAGUGGGGUGGAGUGCCUCAAUCAGAGCAGCAGUCACUCCCUUGUAAAUGCCAUGAAGCAGGGUUACAGAGAUGAUGAUGGGUUGCACUUGGAGAGUGACUCCGACGAGCAGCUCCUGAUUUAUGUCCCUUUCACACAAGUGAUCAAAUUGCAUUCGAUUCUGAUCAAUGGUCCUGAAGAUGAAGGUCCAAGGAAUCUGAAACUUUUUGCAAACAAAGAAAAUAUGGGUUUCAGUGAUGUUAAUGAGUACCCACCAAGUGACUCAAUUGUUCUUUCCCCAGAAAACCUUAAGGGAAAGCCUGUUAUUGUAAAGUAUGUCAAGUUUCAGAGUGUUCGCAGUUUGACAAUUUUUGUUGAGAACAACCAAGGUGGAAAUGACAUAUCUAAGGUUCACAAGAUCAUCCUUUAUGGAACAACGGUGGACACCACCAACAUGAAGGACUUGAAGAAAAUUGAAGAUCAUUGAAGCCAAUACAACCAUAUCUCCAUCCUUUUUUUACUUUUUCUUUCCAAUAGUAAAUUGGAAUGAUAUUGAAUACUGUUUACUAAAUUUUGGACUCUCACAUGAAAUUCUUGCAAAAUCAGAGAAUGUACUGGUCCCCUUGUCAUAAAUCAGUCUUUUGUACUGUGACAACUUGAUGUUGAUUUGAUCACAUGAUUCACAUGUCAUUUCUGACAUCA